AUGUGGAAGUCUGUAGUAGGUCAUGAUGUAUCUGUUUCCGUGGAGACCCAGGGUGAUGAUUGGGACACAGACCCUGACUUUGUGAAUGACAUCUCUGAGAAGGAACAACGGUGGGGAGCCAAGACCAUCGAGGGCUCUGGACGCACAGAGCACAUCAACAUUCACCAGCUGAGGAACAAAGUGUCAGAGGAGCAUGAUGUUCUCAAGAAGAAGGAGAUGGAAUCAGGGCCCAAAGCAUCCCAUGGCUACGGAGGUCAGUUUGGGGUGGAAAGAGACCGAAUGGACAAGAGUGCUGUGGGCCAUGAGUAUGUUGCUGAGGUGGAGAAGCACUCUUCUCAGACUGAUGCUGCCAGAGGCUUUGGGGGCAAAUACGGAGUUGAGAAGGACAGGGCAGACAAGUCAGCUGUUGGCUUUGAUUACAAAGGAGAAGUGGAAAAACACACAUCUCAGAAAGAUUACUCUCGUGGUUUUGGUGGCCGUUAUGGGAUAGAGGAGGACAAACGGGACAAGGCAGCUCUGGGAUAUGACUACAAGGGAGAGACAGAGAAACACGAAUCCCAAAGAGAUUAUGCCAAAGGCUUUGGUGGUCAGUAUGGCAUCCAAAAGGACCGAGUGGAUAAGAGUGCUGUUGGUUUCAAUGAAAUGGAAGCCCCAACCACAGCUUAUAAGAAGACAACACCCAUAGAGGCUGCUUCCAGUGGUGCCCGUGGGCUGAAGGCGAAAUUUGAAUCCAUGGCUGAGGAAAAGAGGAAGCAGGAGGCAGAGGAGAAGGCACAACAGACAGCCAGGCAGCGGCGGGAGAGAAAGGCCUUGGUAAAGAUGGACCGUGAGGCUCCGCCACCAGUGGCCACUAUGGAAGAGCCAGUGGUAUCAGCCCCAUUGCCCAAGAAAACCUCCUCGGAGGCCUGGCCUCCAGCAGGGAGCUGUCUGUCAUCAGAGUGUGGGCCUGUGAGAACCAGUAGGGAACAACAAGUGCCUACCCAGCCCCCAAGGCAGAAUCCCCCAGAGGACAAUGAGGAGCCCCCAGCUCUGCCCCCCAGGACUCCAGAAGGCUUCCAGAUGGAGGAAGAGCCAGUGUAUGAAGAAGCGCCUGAGCCUGAGCCUGAGCCUGAGCCUGAGCCUGAGCCUGAACCCGAGAAUGACUAUGAGGAUGUUGGGGUAAUGGACAGACAUGAGCUGGAUGAGGAACCAGAGGGCGACUAUGAAGAUGUGCUCGAGCCUGAGGAUCCCUCUUUUUCCUCCACUCUGGCUGGAUCAUCAGGCUGCCCUGCUGGGGCUGGGGCUGGGAUCUCAGCUGUAGCCCUGUAUGAUUACCAAGGAGAGGGAAGUGAUGAGAUUUCCUUUGAUCCAGAUGACAUCAUCACUGACAUUGAGAUGGUGGACGAGGGCUGGUGGCGGGGAAGUUGCCAUGGCCACUUUGGACUUUUCCCUGCAAAUUAUGUCCGGCUCCUCCAGUAA